GGCAGAGGGAGAUGCAGGGCUGCAGGACUCUGGAGGGCUGGUCUAGCCAACAGCUCCCCCUGUAUGACUCUGCAGACUGCUCCACCACACUGCCCUUCAUCUGCAGGACCAGCAGGGAGAGCUAUGUUAAGAUGAAGGAGUUGAGUGAGUCUCAGCGCUCCCAUCCUAGUCCCUUCAUGCACCACCUCAUGCAGAUCUCCAAUGGAACGCAGGGCGUGGAGGGUGUGAUGGGGGGGCAGCCAGGGAUCCAGAUGAGCUGGGGUCAGGCGUCCAGUCUGCUCAACAUGUCCAGGCAGGCCCUGGAGGACACCAGGGAGGGGCUGCAGCCUGGGGACAUGCUGUCCAUGGUCCAGCUGCUAGCGCGGGCUGCAGACGUGCCCACAGACACGGCCGCGGAAGGCAACGACAGCCUUGCCACCAUCAGCGCCGGGGAACUCAGCCACACCUUUAUCACUGUGGCUGAUAGCCUCAUCAGCCAGGACAACGCCCCCAAGUGGCAGGCCAUCAAACAGGUGGUGAGUGGACCGAUGGCUGUGGUCAAGAGCAUUGACCGCAUGGUGACCAGUCUGAGCACUCAGCUGAUGACGGAAACGGACCAUCUACUUAUCCACAGGUCCAACAUCAAACUGGAGGUUCAGCAGCAGAGUCUGGGAGAGGGAUCGAGCGGGCCUAAGUUCUGUGGUCCAGACGUAGAGAGCGUCACCAACAUAGACUGUAUCUCAGUCCCCACGCAGAACAUGCAGAAUCUCCAUGACAACGGCUUCCAGAAGGUGACUGUGGUCAACACGUGGUACAGUUCCCUGCGGCCUCUUUUCAACGCGGAGGAGAACAUCACCAUGAUUCCCAUCGUCACCGAUGGCAUCCAGAGGUACCUGGGCACCAUCCUGGGCUCCUCUGUCAUCUCUACUACAGUCCUGGGGGACGGACAGCCUGUCAGCAUGGCUGUGCGCUUCCAGCUCCAACACAGAUCUCAAAUAUGA